AUGAGUUUCACGGCUCACAACAUGACCAGCGAACUGCUCCGUCUGACCACAUCGUUGGCCGAAAGCACAUCCCUGUCGUCGUCGUCGGCUGCGGCCCAACGCGACUACUCGUUGUCGCGAACGCUGGCGACGGCUGCGGGCGGGGCGUCGGGCGCCAUAUCGGACAUGAAGGCUAUGGAACACCAGACCCUCAAAGUUCCGUAUGAGAUACUCAACAAGAAGUUCCGCGCGGCCCAGAAGAACAUCGACCGCGAGAUAUCGCACGUCCAGAACUCGGUGUCCGAUUUGGAGCGCACACUGAAGCAGCGGUCGGACGAUCGGUCGCCGCCGGGCGUCACCAUCACAGCCAUCAACGAGUUGUUGAACGGUGUGGUCAGCAAACUGUCGGUAUUGAAGCGCAAGUCAAACGAGUCGCUGACCGACGAGUUGGACGCCGCGCAGGUGUGCAAGAAACGACUGGAACACCUCAAAGACUAUUGUCUCAAGAGUGGCGGCAGUGGUAGUAGCAGUGGUGGGGCCGGCGGUGCGAACGACGCGGCUGUCGCGCAGUGGCGUAAGAAACGAUUGGAUCGCAUGCUUGUGGACCACUUCCUGCGGUCGGGUUAUUACGAUUCGGCCAUCAAUUUGGCGCUUCACUCGCAGAUCGAGAGCCUCACAAACAUUGACCUCUUUCUGGUCUCCAGACAAGUGGAGGACUCAUUGAAGGCACGCGAGACCUACCGGUGCCUGAGUUGGUGUCACGACAACAAGUCUAAGCUCCGGAAGAUUAAGUCGUCGCUGGAGAUGCGUCUCCGACAGCAGGAGUUCAUCGAAUUGGUCCGCAAAGACAAACGGCUGGACGCCGUCCGACACGCGCGCAAACACUUCAACAAUCUGGAGGACUGCCAGAGCGGCCAGAAUAUCGACUUACAGCGGGUGAUGGGUUUGUUGGCCUUUCCCCCCGACACACCUAUCGAACCGUACAAAUCCCUCUUUGACGAGAGCCGUUGGGAUCAACUCAUCGAACAGUUCCGCACCGAUAACUUCCGUCUCUAUCAGUUGAGCACAACGUCUGUGUUUUCGGUGGCACUACAGGCGGGUCUGUCGUCGCUGAAGACACCGCACUGUUAUAAGAAAGACGGCGAUAAGAACGGCGAUUGUCCCGUUUGUAGCGACCUUUUGAACAAAUUGGCCGCACAUUUGCCGUGCGCUCACUGCUCGCAGUCGCGGCUCGUUUGCUACAUAUCGGGUCAACCGCUCAAUGAACACAAUCUGCCGCUAGUGUUGCCCAAUGGCUACGUUUACGGCGAACAGAGUCUGCGAGCGAUGGCCGCCGAUAAUGGCGGACGCAUAACGUGUCCGCGAACUAAGGAAGUGUUUGACAUGAAAGAGGCGGAGAAAGUGUUUGUUAUGUAA